GCAGGCGUUGGAGCAAGUCAGAGUGGGAGUGAAAGAGCACCAGACAGCAGGGUGAACAGAGAGAGAGAGAGAGAGAGAGAGAGAGGGUGACUGUAUGUGUGGCCAGAGUGAGACAGGACAGAGAGGCAGAUAGAGAGCUUGAGGGAGACGAUAGAGUGCUAGAUAAUGGAGGUGCAGUCAGAGUGUGUGGAGCCUCCUGUGGCCCCUCAGUGUGACCCCCAGCCCACAGGGAAGAUCAACAAAGCUGCCUUCAAACUCUUCGGGAAGCGGCGCACCGGCUCUGGGAUGGCCAGCUUCUUCUCCUUCAGGAACAAAGGGGCUACAAACAGCGGGAACAACGGGAACUCUGACAAUGGGAAUUCUUUGAAUGGAAACGGCUCAGGGGCGUCGGUGGAGCUCGUUAGGAGCAAAACCCACGAUGGACUAGCAAGUUCUAACAACGAUGCUGAUGGACAGAGAGGGGAGGGACUUGCUAUCCUGGAGGCGGGGCCAGUGAGGUCCCUCAGCAAAUCGCUGAGUUUUUUCUCUCUACUCCGACGUGGGAGUUUUAGGUCGAGUGAAAAUGGAGGGACGGGGCUUGGCAAAAGAGGGAGGGGCCUAAAGGGCUUUUUUAGCAGCAUGCGAUGGAGACGCAAGGAAAAAACAAACGAUGGAGAGGUGGAAGUGGUGGAACGGGUGACGGAGAAGGAUGAGGAUAUUGCCGACCCUGAAAAGGUAAAGGAUAUUACGUUAACUCUUGAACCGCCUCCGCAUCAUCACCAAGUGGAUUGUGGGAAUAGAGAGGCAUCACCUAUCCCAGAGACUCCCACUACUAGUGUUACCAUGACACCCCCACACUGUGUUGCCAUGCCAGGGCCAUCUGGUGAGCCAGACUCCCCCUUUCCUUACACACCCACUGACUCGCCUCAGCAUCCUCCCAUCCAAAUAGCCAAAGCCUCAGUUUCAAGCCUCACCCCCUCACUCGCCACACCCCCUUUGGAUCGCUGCAGCACGGGUGACCCUCCCUCAGAACCUUCAGUAGACCGCCUAUGCUCUCUCCUCUUUACUGACGUCACAUCCCUCAAGAGCUUUGAUUCACUGACAGGCUGUGGUGACAUUAUUGCUGACGCAGACGAAGAGGGGCCAGCGGGUAAUGGGGGCAGUGGCACUAGCAGCAGCAGCAGUGGGGGAGGAGGAGGGAGUGUGGGAGCAGGUGUUGGGAGAGCUGUUGGUAUCACCAGCGUCACGUCUCGUGGCUCCCCAACCAAACCCCCUCUACCUUCGCUGCGGACCCAGCCCAUGUUUUCUGUUUCCACAAGCUCAGUGCCUUCUUCCCUCCCAGCCCGGGCCCGGGCGCCACCUCCACCUCCACCACAGCAGCACCCAGCCGGUAGUGGUGUGGUGGCCUACAUGGGCGGAGGGGAAGAAAUGGCAAGUCCAGAAGGAGUGGACGAUGCAGACAUGCAGGGGCUUUGGCACAUGCUUCCCUCCACAGGUGACAACUCCCCUGCUUUGCCCCGAUCACACCAACAUUCCUCCACCACCCCUACUUCGACCUAUCCCCCUCGUGCCACCUCCAACCUUGCCAGCAGCCACCUGCCCUCAACACACAGGUGUUCAGACAGAAAGGUUCCCCAGGUGAAGGCAUUGGGGCUCAGUAAGAUUCCAGUAGGUGGUGCAGCAGGAGGCCGGGCAGCUAAACCCCCUCUCCCUCACACACAUGGCCGUCAUCCCACAUCACCUGGUGAAAAGGAGCCACUCAGUGAUGAGGGUUACUGGGACACACCCUCAGCAACGCCCACAGCAACACCUGAUGAGAGCGGGCUUCAGCGAAACCAGAAGAUGGCCCUAUCACGCGACAGUUGUUCCGGAGACCACCUGUACGACCUCUACAAUGACCCUGAAGAGGAAGAAGAGGAUGACGAUCUAAACAGUACUCCCUCUCCCUCCACUGAAUACAAACUGAGCCCCACCUCCCAAACAAGUCCACCUUCCUCCUCCUCCUCUUCCUCCUUCCAAUCAAUGAAAGGCAGCACCAGCCUUCCUCGGGAAUCCAAGAUCCCAGUAAGCAGCAGACAAACCCCACCUCCCCACUCAGUAAGCCAGUCAGCCCUCUCGUCUGUUCUCGAAGCUGAAUCCCCUCCACCAAAGACCCAGGCGCCUCCCCCGACUCGCACCAGAAUCCCUGUAUCCAAGGUGCCCGUCCGUCGUUCUGGAAACAAACCUGGCAGCACAACCAGAGGAACCGCCCACAAGAAGUAGCCCCUGUGAAAUGGGUGUUUCUCGCCUACUAACUUAAUGACUUGAGUGUACAUCACUUCUGUGCUGUUUAAGCAGAGCCAAACGCUUUCCCAGACCAAGAAAAAUGUAGAGCUUAUAAAUUCUUCUCAAAUCUUAAAAGCUCUCAUUCCUUACGUGUUUUGGCUUACGACAGGCUAGAAUAGAAUAUGUGGUUUGUUCACUUGAGAAAGUCACAAGGAGACUCCAAAAAGCUGGGUUAACACUUCACAGCCCUCACUGGAACUUUGGAGGUUGACUCUUGACAAUCCAUGGUCUCGCAAUAGACACAUAUGCCUUGUAACUUCCUGGAAAAGCUCCUGACCUGCUGAAAGUUUGACAGUUCAUGACUGCACACUGCAAAAAAAAGAGGGAAAAAAGCAGAGCACCUUUUAUCUUUUACAUUUUUAUUAUGGAACUCCACAUGGCAUAACAUCAUUUGCUGAUAUGGACCUAAUCAAAGUUUCUUCUGAGUUUGUCAUCUUGUCUAAUCUGUAACAAAUUACCUCCUAAUCCUUUGAUAUUAGAGCCAAAGUAAAAAAAAUACCCCAGUCUUCAUUUCACAGCCUCUGAUAGUCUCGAACAGACUCAACGAUAUCCAUGGCCUGGAAAAACCCAUCAUUUUGUUUUUCGCUUUUUGAAGAUGGUCUUCUUCUGAUCGCACACGAAGGAACACUGAGAUCUGGUUUUUAUUACUUACCUACUUUGUAGCUACAAAUGUGGCAAACCUGCACCGCAGAAGGCCACACAAUAUCUUGUGUUUUUUGGAGGGAAAUACCUCCUCUGUUUUGACUGGUUAUUAUUAUUAUUAUUAUUAUUAUUAUUAUUAUUAUUAUUAUUAUUAUUAUUAUUAUUAUUAUUAUUAUUGUGGACUAAGUUUGGCUUCAGCCUGUUACAUCUCGAUCUCACUCACACCACCACUGUAUCACCCGCAGUACAUCCAAAGGAUGUCAAUCUCUGGGAUUUACAACUGUUGAUUUACUAAUGGAAACCUGCAAAACUAUCGCAAUACUCCACCUGGAGGGAUCCCUUUGCACUGAUGCUUCAAUACACAACAGAGACAUGCACACAAACAUUUCCUCUCCCUCUCCGCAUGCAGUGCCACACAUACAAGGCACAAAGGUCAGGGAACAUCAUCUAAUACUGAAGGACCUUACACACACUGUUCAACCUUUGGCACUGUGUUUGUAGCGACACUGGAUGACUUUCCUCUCUAAGGACACAUGCACAAACAACCAACUAUUUCUUGUUAGUACUUUCUUCCCUGGAUUUCAUACUGUUUUUAUAGGCUUCCCCGUCCUAAGUCAUACUGCUCGGAUCUUAAACUGUGACUGCACCAGCUUCUUAACGCUCUGCUUUCUGUUCUUCUCUACUAACAUACUGUACAGGCUGAUGUGAGUGGGUGACAGGGGGGCAUCCUUUCUGUCAGCCAGCUUUUAGAGAGCCAGAAUAUGCCUGCAAGUGUUGUUGUUUUUUUAAAUAGGCUGUGACUCAAAUAAAAAGACAAGCAAAUUAUGUCAGAGUUUCAGAUAGAGAAAACACGUUUGAGGUAAUUAACUGGGUCACAGCUUACGAUACAAAGCAAAAGUUGGGGACUAAAGCUAAAUCAGUUCAGAGUCCUUCAUUCUUCCUCUUCUGGCUGUUGUACCAACGACAUUGUACAACUUCAUUCUGGGAACGCAGCUGUCUGUGAAUGUAGCGUGACAUUAUUGUAAAUCAGCAUAUAUUUUCCUGUGUUGGUCUGUUUUCGUCUUUGUCCCUCUUCUGUGGGGGCAAGACAAAUGGUGGAGUUUACUGUUUUCUAAGACCCCCGUGCUCGGAAAAAUGAAGACAAGCUACCAAGUGUUGAGCCUUGCAAAGCACCACUUGUUUUAAGAAUGAGGGGGUGUACUGCAGUCCUUAAAGGCCUUUGUCAGUGAUUCAGGGAGACAAGUUACAGGGAGCAGAGUGUUCUCUACCCUUCAAUUAAUAAGAGGACUUUUCGAAGGGAAAGAAAUUCAAGAUGAUGCAAGUUUUCUCUACUUCUAAACACAAGGGUACACAUGACACUUGAGGGUCCUUCUAGUUCAUGCUAGUUUUCCAUCUCAUUUAAAAUGUGAUGAUUGAUGCACAACACUGCUCCAGGUUCAGAUAUAUUUCAGCCUCCUGACGGUGUAGUAACAGGCCAUGGGGUAACAUGAUCUCAGGUCUGCAGUAAAUGUGUUUCUCACCCGAUAAAGAGGGCAGGCUAAAGGUCAUUUGGGGAGCAGAGAAAGAUCACAUCCGCUCAGUUUCUCUCUGCCUACACUGUGCUCUUUGCUCUUUUGAUUAAGUAUGCAUUCACGUUCAUUCUCUCUUCUUUGGAGUGCUGACUGACAAAAGAGUGAUAGAUGGAAAAAGAGGGUAACUUAAUGUAACUAUUUAAGCUUCCUUUUUUGGUUGAUGUAACACAAAUGCCGCAGAAGUUGUUUCUCCUCUUCUUCCAAGUAUGACAGUGAAAAUGAAAGUUGAACCUUUGGGUAUAUUGAUCUGUGGCACUGGCCUAAUGACAUCAACCAUGGAGGCCACCAUAUUGCCACCUGGCUCAGUUCCUUGUCUCCUUUCUUUUUGAUUACAAAUCUGGGCCGUCAUGUGGUCAUUUGUGAUGAACAGCACAUUAUGUUUUCCUUCUUUUUGUUACCGCCUGUCUGUUCACAGUGUGAAAUCUUUCCACUUUUCAUAUUUAAUGAAUAAAACUGUUUGCGCUUAUAGAUGA